AUGGAGGCACGAAAUCCGCUCAAGUUCAAAGGCACCAAGCCUGGUCAGGCCAUUAAGCCCGGAACCACCCUUCGUAUCCUUGGUGUUGGUGAUUCCAUCACUGUAGGAUUUCUCAGUGACCUGGAUGGAGGUGAUGGAAAUGGAUACCGGAUGAAGCUUCGACAGAAUCUUUCAAAUAAUCGCGUGUCUUUCAUCGGAACCGAGACAGUUCGCGGAACAAUCCCUGAUAACUACUUCGCCGCUUGGAAUGCGCGAACGAUUCAAUUCAUAUCAGAUCAUGUCAACCCCUCACUGCAGCAACAGCCCAAUAUCGUCCUCAUCCAUGCAGGGACUAAUGACAUGAACCCAAACUUGGACGUCGCUCUCGAAGGAAACGAUCCAAAGAACGCCGCCGAGCGUUUAGGCAAACUCAUCGAUCAAAUCGUCGAAGCCUGCCCAAGUGCGGUUGUUCUAGUGGCUAUGAUCAUCAACACUCGUGAUGAGGGGCAGCAGCGGAACACCGUCCCGUAUCAAGGCCAUAUACCAGGCAUCGUAGCAUCUCGUCAGGUUGCGGGUAAACAUGUUCUCGCCGUUGAUUUUACGAGCUUUCCUACAGGCUUGCUUAGAGGCGAUGGCGUCCACCCCACGAAUGAGGGCUACCGUCACUUCGGCGACUACUGGUAUGACUUCAUGACGCAGAUCCCGCGGGAGUGGAUACAAUCACCUGAUGGAGAAGAUGGGGACCAGUCUACAAUCUGCGAAAAGAAUACUGUUAACCGUCCCCGGCCCGAGAAAUUGUGUUGGUUGAAACGGCUAUUGGGAUCUUGUUUCGGGAGUAAGAUAUGA